GAUCCCGGCUAACCUUCAGCACUAUCUGCUGAUGACAGAGGAUUGAAUGGAUUCAGCCCCUCCACGCGCCCUGCCUCCACCAACACUGGGCUCCGUCGCUCUCUCCUUACUUUCUAUUUUUAAACACUAAUAUAGAAUCUGGCUGUUGUUUAUUUUUUACACACACAUUCUGAAUGUGUCCGUUUUUCGUUCUGUCAGAUGGGCGAUUUUGUUGGAUACAAAAAUUUGAUUUAAUUUGAAUAUUUUGUUGAUUAAUUGAUUAGCUCUUCAAUGUUUCUUUUUGUUGGUGUUUGCUGUUAGUUUAUUUUUAUUAUUGUAGCCUUAGUUUGGUUUUUGCCUUGGAAGGCUCUCAAUACACUUGACCUGACCAAGAAGAAAAAAAUUUGAGGAAAAGAGUCUGAGAUCGGGACCAGGAGAUGGCGGAACAAAAGGAGGAUGUACAGAAGUUCCUGGACGGAAACCCGGCGUUUACUAAAACAUAUUUUGCCAAAAAAAUGAACCCGGACUCUAUUUCAAAGGUGGCGAGCAUCCCACUGAAACAGGUGGACUUCAGCCAGUUUGAUGAGCUCAGCCAGGUGGAGGAAAGCCAAAUCAUGUACGAGCUGAUCAAAGACAUGCAGGAGAACGUCAACAUGGAGAAGGUGGUGUUCAAGAUACUGAAAAGAAUCAGCUCACUCAUCCACGCCGACCGGUGUUCCCUGUUCAUGUACCGGCAGCGCAACGGCGUUGGGGAGCUGGCCACCCGGCUCUUCAACGUCAACGCCACGUCGGAGUUCGACGACUGCGUGGUGCAGCCGGACUCGGAGAUAGUGUACCCGCUGGACCUAGGGCUGGUGGGCCACGUGGCUCAGACCAAGAAGACGGUCAACGUCAAAGACGUGAAGGAGAACCAGCACUUCAGCGACUUUGUGGACGAGCUCACGGAAUACAAGACGCGCAACAUCCUUGCCGCACCCAUCCUGAACGGGAAAGACCUGGUGGCCGUCAUCAUGGCCCUGAACAAGACCAGCGGACCCUUCUUCAACGCAGAGGAUGAGGACCUUUUUACCAAGUACCUUAAAAUCGCCACCUUGAAUUUGAAGAUCUUCCACUUGAGCUACUUACACAACUGUGAGACACGCAAAGGACAGCUUCUUCUGUGGUCUGCCAACAAGGUGUUUGAAGAGCUGACGGACAUAGAGCGACAGUUCCACAAAGCCUUGUACACGGUCCGCGCCUACCUCAACUGUGAUCGCUACUCCGUAGGCCUGCUAGACAUGACCAAGGAAAAGGAGUUCUUUGAUAUCUGGCCGGUGCUGAUGGGGGAGCAGCCUCCGUACUCUGGCCCAUUGACACCAGAUGGGAGGGAAGUCAUAUUCUACAAAGUGAUUGAUUAUAUUUUACACGGCAAGGAAGAGAUUAAGGUCAUACCAACUCCACCAGCAGACCACUGGGCACUGGUCAGUGGCCUGCCCGUCUACGUUGCAGAGAGUGGAUUUAUUUGCAACAUUAUGAAUGCCUCCGCCGAGGACAUGUUUCAAUUCCAGAAAGAGCCUUUGGAUAGCAGUGGCUGGACCAUAAAGAACGUUCUGUCCCUUCCCAUCGUCAACAAGAAGGAAGAGAUAGUGGGCGUGGCCACCUUCUACAACAGGAAGGAUGGAAAGCCCUUUGAUGAACAGGACGAACAGCUUAUGGAGGCCCUGACUCAGUUCCUAGGCUGGUCAGCUCUGAACACGGACACAUACGACAAGAUGAACAAACUGGAGAACCGCAAAGACAUUGCCCAGGACAUGGUGAUGUACCACGUCAAGUGUCGUGACGACGAGCUGCAGAACAUCCUGAACACAAGGGAGCUGUAUGGGUCUGAACCCGCAGACUGUGAGGAGGACGAACUCCUGCAGAUCCUGAAAAAGAAUCUCCCUCAGCUCAUUAAGAAGUUUGAGAUCUACGAGUUCCACUUCUCAGACCUCAAUUGCACAGAGAUGGAGCUGGUCAAGUGUGGGAUCCAGAUGUACUAUGAGGUCGGGGUGGUCAAGAAGUUCCAAGUACCCCAGGAGGUGCUGGUGCGCUUCAUGUACUCCAUCAGUAAGGGAUACAGGAAGAUCACCUACCAUAACUGGCGCCACGGCUUCAAUGUCGGCCAGACUAUGUUCACACUCCUAACGACAGGGCUGCUGAAGCGAUACUACACCGACCUGGAGGUGAUGGCUAUGAUCACCGCUGGCUUCCUGCACGACAUCGAUCACCGGGGCACCAACAACCUCUACCAGACCAAGUCAGGCAAUCCUCUGGCCAAGUUGCACGGUACCUCGAUUAUGGAAAGACACCAUCUAGAGAUUGGCAAGUUCCUCUUAGCUGACGAGCAAUUGAAUAUCUACCAGAACCUCAACAGGCGACAGCAUGAGCAUGUGAUCCACCUCAUGGACAUCGCCAUCAUCGCCACGGACCUGGCUCUGUACUUCAAGAAGAGGACCAUGUUCCAGAAGAUCGUGGACCUAUCGAAAACCUAUGAUGAUGAGAAGAAGUGGGUGGACUUCAUGUCUCUGGAAACCACCAGGAAGGAGAUUGUCAUGGCGAUGAUGAUGACAGCCUGUGACUUAUCUGCUAUCACUAAGCCCUGGGAGGUGCAGAGCAAGGUGGCCCUGUUGGUGGCAGCUGAGUUCUGGGAGCAAGGAGACCUGGAGAGGAAUGUUCUGGACCAGCAGCCUAUUCCCAUGAUGGAUCGAACUAAAUCAGCCGAACUUCCAAAGAUGCAGUGUGGUUUCAUCGACUUUGUCUGCACCUUUGUCUAUAAGGAGUUCUCCCGUUUCCACCCGACAAUCACUCCCAUGCUGGAUGGCAUCCUGAACAACAGGAAGGAGUGGAACAACUGCAAGGAGGAGUACGAGGCCAAGCUCAAGGCCCUGGAGGAGGAGAAGGCGGCCAAGGCCCCAGCAGGCCCCAAAGCUGGGUCGGCCAACCCCGGGGCGGCAGGCGGGGCUAAGACCUGUACUCUGUGUUAGAGGAUACGGAGCAGCCGCCAUGAAAGCAUCCGAUGCGUUGGAGGAGAACGAUGGCGUUACGCACAGCAGACAUGAGGCUUCACAUUUAGGCAACACCAAAUGAUGAGUUAUAGGUUUUCCUGUUUGUUGGAAUUAUUCUGGCUCACGAAAAACAAAGGAUAGAAGGGUAGGACCCUCAGACCCUCGACCAAUCAUCAGUGGGUAAAGUGAACCUGCUCCAUCCUACAUCCGUACGGUUACAGACCAUACCUACAGUGUACCUACUACAUCCUGGUUACAGAGCGUACCUAGAGUGUACCAACUACACCCUACAUCCUGGUUACAGAGCGUACCUAGAGUGUACCUACUACAUCCUACAUCCUGGUUACAUAGUACGUACAGUGUGCCCACUACAUCCUGGUUACACACAGUACAGUGUACCUACUACAUCCUGGUUACAGACCGUAGUGUACCUACUACAUCCUACAUCUGGUUACAAACAUUUAUAUUUCUGUCUGUCAAAUUUAGAGUAGAUAUUGCCAACCCUUUAAUCAAGCAAAAGUAAAUACAUUUCUUGUGAGUAUGCUUCUCUGCAAAUGAUACUAUGUUAAAUGGUUUAGAAUUUACAUUUUAACAUGAUAAUAUUGUAUUUUCACAAAGAAGGUUUCCCCUACUUUAAUAUUACAUCCAGUCAUGAGACAUUUACAAACAAGAUUGUUUACCUUUGUAACCCAUACAAUCCCUGGCCAGUGUUCUACAUAAUCUACAUUAAAGUAAUCUAUGGAUUCAUUUUCCCACAACAUUAACAAAGUUAAGAUGCUUCCGAAACAACCCCUUUAUACUGUACAAGUCUGUAAGAAUCGCCUACUUCGAUUCAAGGACAUAAGACAAAGUAUAGCAUCAGGUUAUGUAAAGGCCACAGAAAUUCUAGUUGAAGCCCAAGCACAGAAGUACCAGGGGACUCCUACAUAUAUUUUGAUCGAACAAUGCUUCUCAAACCUGGUUUUGUACAAAUCUAAAUGGAAUUUUUAAAUAAUUUCAACGAUUGCUCAACUUCAAGAUGAAGUUGACUAAAGGGCAGAGUAAUUCAAAAUGUUGUAAAUACCGCUGUAAAUACCUUCCCAAGAAUAUUAUUUUUCUAGUUCCCAAGUAGAGUAGUGCACUACUCAUUUCAUUAUAUUAAUGCUUUCUUUGGUGAAGAACCAGCAAGUCUCUUAUGGUAAACAUGUUCCACUAAGAUGUGUUUCAAUGGGGGCUCCACUAAAUGUGUUGUGCUGAUCAGAGGACAUAGGCUCUGAGAAUUAAGAUGAACACAAAAUGAUAGGGAGUAAUAAUACCAUGGAGUAUUAGCACACAUUGGCUGAAUAAAACUAUUUAAAGUUUGGAUGUAUGACGUAAAUAAAGCAAUGUAUUUUCAUUAGAA